AUGGCAGCCAAAGCAAUCCUCGAAGCCGACGGAAAGGCCAUCCUCAACUACCACCUCACACGCGCUCCCGUCAUCAAGCCUUCUCCUCUCCCAAAAUCCUCCACACACAACGCCCCCCCAAAGCUCGCAUCCCUCUACUUCCCAGAAGACGCCGAGGUCGCAGCCAUCCUCGACCAAGCCGAGACCACAUACCCAUGGCUUCUCGCCCCCGGUGCGAAGUUCGUUGCAAAGCCCGAUCAGCUCAUCAAGCGGAGAGGUAAGAGCGGCCUCCUCGCCUUGAACAAGCCAUGGCCCGAGGCGAAGGCGUGGAUUGCGGCUCGCGCUGGAAAGGAGCAAAAGGUGGAGAGUGUGGUCGGUGUUCUGCGGCAAUUCUUGGUCGAGCCUUUUGUGCCGCAUCCAGAGGGGACCGAGUACUAUAUCAACAUCAAUUCUCAAAGAGAGGGCGAUUGGAUUCUCUUCACACAUGAGGGAGGUGUCGAUGUUGGCGAUGUUGAUGCCAAAGCCGAGAAGCUUCUCAUUCCUGUCGAUCUCUCCGAAUACCCCUCCAACGACCAGAUUGCUGCCGCUCUCCUGAGGAAGGUUCCCAAGGGUGUGCACAACGUCCUCGUCGACUUCAUCUCAAGACUAUACGCCGUCUAUGUCGACUGCCAAUUCACAUAUCUUGAGAUCAACCCAUUGGUCGUCAUCCCCAACGCCAAUGCUACAUCCGCUGAUGUCUACUUCUUGGAUUUGGCUGCUAAGUUGGAUCAAACCGCCGAGUUUGAAUGUGGUGUUAAAUGGGCCGUUGCACGGUCACCUGCUGCCCUCGGUAUAACCGCCGUGAAGGCGACCGAUGGAAAGGUCAACAUUGACGCCGGACCUCCUAUGGAAUUCCCAGCGCCGUUCGGUCGUGAGAUGAGCAAGGAAGAGGCUUACAUUGCCGAGCUCGACGCAAAGACCGGUGCCUCCCUCAAGCUCACCAUCUUAAACGCCAAUGGCCGAGUAUGGACCUUGGUUGCCGGUGGUGGUGCUUCCGUUGUCUACGCCGAUGCCAUUGCCAGCAGUGGCUUCGCUGAUGAGCUCGCCAACUACGGUGAAUACUCCGGCGCUCCUACAGAGACCCAAACUUUCCACUACGCCCGCACUGUCAUCGACCUCAUGCUGCGCGCCCCAAUGCACCCUGAGGGCAAAGUCCUGUUUAUCGGUGGAGGCAUUGCCAACUUCACCAACGUUGCAUCUACCUUCAAGGGCGUCAUCCGCGCUCUGAAAGAGUUCGCCCCUCAACUGAUCGAGCACAACGUCCACAUCUGGGUCAGACGCGCCGGGCCCAACUACCAAGAAGGCUUAAAGAACAUCAAGGCCGUCGGCCAAGAGUUGAACUUCGAUAUGCACGUAUAUGGCCCUGAGAUGCACGUCAGCGGAAUUGUACCACUUGCUCUCAUCCCCGGCCGUCUUGCCGAAAGCAAGGUAAAGGAGUUCACUGGUUAA